AUGUUGCCCAAGAGCGAAUGGUGGGACUGGCUGAAGUACAUGACGCUUCUCUUCGACAUGGAGCCAAGUGCUAUGCGAUCUACACUUACAAUCGUAGAGGACCCCGUCUUUUUCAGCCACUUCACAUCUAUGCGCAAUUUUGUAGAUUACCGCACUGCCAUAGCCAAUUACGUCGGCUUCAAAGCCAUGGUUACCCUUGCACCACUGAUGCCACCGGGAUAUGCAGUGCUAUAUGAUCUGGGUUACGGCUACGACAUUCCCAGGGUGGAGCCGCCGCUCCUUCCAUGCACGUUGCUGUUGGAAAAGAUGUACCGCUAUGGAAUCGGAAUCGCGGCGAAGCUGACACUAAGCCGAGAGUUUGCCAACGUCUACCGGCGGCAUCGCGAUGGCCAGCUCAAAGAACUAUUCAACAAGACACGUCUUGUAUUUCGACAAAUGCUGGGAUCAGGGCAGUCAUGGUUUUCGCCUAGAGACCUCAACCAGGCUUUGCGAAAGCUGGACGCAAUGGCGAUCGCCUUUGGCACGCAGGGAAACUUUGUCCAAUAUGAGAACUACCGGCACACACCGCCCUUGCCGCUGGAAUCCAAUGACACCUUGCUCGGAACGGCAUUCAGUAUGCUGUCCUACGCGUCCCGCAUAUACUGGAGUGCCUGGACCACUCGCGGCACAACAGGCGAAGCCUACGACAACGCCUACGACGCGUCCGUGUUCGACUGGGAAUGCGAGUACCAACCCACCAACAACCUCGUGUUCCUUCCGAACUCUAUUGUGGCUUUCCUCACCGCCGUCUCGAACAAGAUCCCUUUCCAGCUGUAUCCCGUAGUUCUCGCUCACAUUGUUAGGGGUGUGGUUAAAGCUUUGCUCAGGAGUAAUUCGGCCUUCGACGACGAGGGCCGAGCUUUGAGCGGGAGCUGGUGGAGCGCCGCAUCUGUCGGCGCCAGCGAGAACGUCACCGAGUGCUUUCAGCGCCAAUACCGGGCGGCUGCAGAAGCUGAAAGCGGUGGUGGUCGGCUUUCUGCGGGGAAGUGGAGCGUGGCACGCCUCGAAGAAGCCUUUCUGGACAACGCCCUGCUGGUGCCCCUGUACGAACUCUACGAGCGCGCACUGAGCGACCACAACGCCACAGACAUGUUCUAUCAGCUGUCCGAUUCGCAGGUCAGUGCGAGGGAACUGUUCUUCUACAACUACGCGGUGGCAUUCUGCGACGACGGCGACAACGAAUCGCGCAGCGGGCAGCACUGGAUGGCGAUCACGCCCCGCAAGUGGCGCGUCAACGUCCCGCUCAAAAAUUUCCCGCCCUUUCGAAAAAUAUUUUCUUGCGAUGAUUGGAAACAACCUCAUCUGUACUGUAACGUGUGGAAGGGCUUCAGUUGA